UCUCCGCGCUGCCGCUGGGAUUUAGGGUUCUGGCCUGGCGGUGAUUAUUCCCCCAUCCCCUUUACCUAUAAAGCGCCGCCUUCUCCAUCCAGACCAGUUGCUAAAAAUAACGAGGCAGAAAUCUUCGAUUCGACGUGCCCUUCGUCUUCCUGGCUCACAGAGAUGGCUGAUGUGGAGGAGUACCGUUGCUUCAUUGGGAACCUGUCCUGGUCGACAACUGAUGAAAGCCUCAAGGACGCUUUUCGCAAAUUUGGCAACCUCACCGAGGCAAAGGUGGUUCUUGACAAGUUUUCUGGCCGAUCUCGUGGUUUUGGCUUUGUGACUUUUGAUGAGAAGAAAGCUAUGGAGGAUGCUAUUGAAGGAAUGAAUGGACUGGACUUGGAUGGGAGGAACAUCACUGUUGAUAAAGCGCAGCCACAAGGACCUGGUAGAGACCGUAAUGGUGACCGUGAUUUUGAUCGUGAGCGUGGAUCUCGUUACGACCGUGGCCGUGACUAUGGUGGUGGGCGUGCACCACGUGGCGGUGGUGGUGGUGGGGAUUGCUUCAAGUGUGGGAAACCUGGUCAUUUUGCUAGAGAGUGCCCAUCUGGUGAUGGCGGUAGAGGUGACAGAUAUGGUGGCAGAGAUGACAGGUACGGUGGUGGUGGUGGUGGUGGUGGUGGUCGUUAUGGAUCCGAUCGUGGUGGUGACCGAUACUCUGGCCGCAGCCGAGAUGGAGGCAGCUACGGGGGUGACCGUUACGGCCGUGACCGAUCUGGUCCCUACUGAAGGCCCAGGUCUUGAGAAGUAUGUUCCAUCCAGGUAUGGAAGUCUAUCUACUACUAUGAGGUUUGUUAUCGUGUGUCUGGAACUUUGUGAUCCUGUAGUUGGAGAAUUAUGAUGUACCGUGAGAAAUCAGUUGCUUGUUAUAGACCGUAUUACUGACCGGUUUAUUAUUGUUUCCUGCUUGCCAGGCAUAUGACUUGGUCAUAGUGCUUGGUGCUUGGAUCCUCCAUGUUUGCUUGAUAUGCUAUUGGCUGGAAUCUAGCUUGUUAAAAGGUGGAUUUUGUCA